AUGGUCUGGAGAAAUCAGUCAGAGGUUCCAGGCGUCAGGGUUCCAGGCAUCCAGGAUCUGCAGCAAGGACCCAACACUCUGAUCACAGAAAUAUGUUCUCUCCCCAUGGCAAGCUACUACAUAAUUAAGGAUGCAGAUCAGAAGGUGCUCUACAUGAGAGACAGCCAGCUCCUGGUGGGAGACCUGGAUGCAGACAACUGUUGUACAGACAAGAUCUGCAUACUUUCCAACAGAGCACUGGACCGCCCCAAGAUCCCCAUCCUCCUGGGGAUCCAUGGAGGGAGUUGCUGCCUGGCAUGUGUGGAGACAGAAGAGGGGCCUUCCCUGCAGCUGGAAGACAUGAAUAUCGAGGACCUGUACAAGGGCGGUGAGCAGGCCACAUGCUUCACCUUCUUCCAGAGUAGCCUUGGCUCUGCCUUUAGGCUCGAAGCUGAAGCCUGGCCUGGUUGGUUUCUCUGUGGCGUGGCUGAGUCCCAGCAGCCAGUAUGGCUAGCCAAGGAGAGUGAUCCCUCGGCCUGCACUGAGUUCUACUUUGAACAAAGUUGGUAG